GGGCGGGCUUAGAGCGCUGUGCUGGCAGGGCUCGCGCCAGAAAAAUGGCUGCUGGAAUGCGGAGACCUGGAGCUGCGGUACAGCUCGAGGCGGAGAGGCGGCUGCACCAACUCGAGCAGCUGCUGUCAACCCGAGAUUUCAGGAGUGCAGCAAUGGAGUCACACAGUGUAAUCGCCAACCUGAGCCAUGACCUUCUACACAACAGUCAUGAAAGCCGGCUGGCCCUACACAGUUCAUUGGUGUUCUCAAAGGAUAAAGGACUAUUGAUCUUCCUUCGAAAAUCAUUAAGCAAUGAAGAGUUUCGGGAUUGUAGAGAAGAAGUUUUGAAGUUAAUUACUGCGUUUGUUGAAAAGAUUAAAGAGACAGUCGGACCAUAUGCUCUUGACAUCAAGGAUGUGUGUCUUGUGAUGUACACCAAGGAAAGGGCUGCAAAAUGUAAGGUUGCUGCCUUAGACCUCCUCCUUGUGUUGAUACACAGUAAAGUCUGUCUACAAGAAUUUAAAAUUGGCGACAUGUUCAAUAAAUUCUAUGGAGAAUUGGCACAGAAGAGCAAACUUCCAGACACAGUGUUGGAGAAGGUAUAUGAGCUAUUGGGUGUUCUAGCAGAAGUGCAACCUACUGAAAUGCUUGAUAAUUCAGAAAAGCUUUAUCGUGCCUACUUAAAUGAAUUGAAAAUACAGAUGACCUCUGCAACAAGAGAGCCAAAACUUCUGGUGGUGUCAGGCUGCCUUAGAGGGUUAAUAGCACUUAUGGUAAACUUCACUAAAUCUGUCGAGGAAGAUCCAAGAACAUCAAAGGAGAUUUUUGACUGUGCAGCGAAAGCCAUAAAUUUAAAGAUUGACAUAAAGAGAUAUGCUGUUCCUUUGGCUGGGUUACGCCUGUUCGCACUGCAUGCCAGCCAAUUCAGCACCUGCCUCAUGGACAGCUAUCAAAUACUCUUUGAAACAUUGUCAAAAUGGUGUGGCCAUACAAAUGCUGAAAUGAAAAAAGCUGGCUAUGCUGCUCUUGAAAGUUUCCUGAAAGAGAUUGCAUCGCAAGUGGCAGAAAAUGCUCAUUUACACAAAGAUAAGUUGCAGUACUUCAUGCAACAGUUUUAUGACAUCAUCCGGACAAUGGAAUCAAGCACUAAAGAACUCUCCAUUGCUAUACGAGGAUAUGGGCUUUUUGCAGCUCCCUGUAAGGCUGUAGACUCUCAUCAUGUUGACUUCAUGUACACGGAGCUGAUUCAGCGUUGUAAACAGAUGUAUCUCACUGAGGCAGACACAGAGGAUGACAAUGUUUAUCAGCUUCCCAGUUUCUUAGACUCGAUUGCAAGUGUCAUCUUCCACAUGGAUAAAAUCCCUGGCAUUUAUACUUCUGUGUUAGAACGUCUGUUGGUCGUUCAGAUUGACAGUUUCCCACUGUACAGUGUGAGGAUGCAACCAGUUUGUUGUCAUUCCAUCAUUAAACUAUUCAUUGCCCUUGCAGGAAAGGGCCCUGUUCUCUGGAAUUUUAUUAGCACCGUAGUACAUCAAGGGCUGAUUCGUGUUUGUUCGAAGCCAGUUCUGCUUCCUGGGGAGGAAACGGGGAAAGCUGAACUGUGGCCCAGUGCACAACAAUCACUCAGCAAUGAUACUAUGGCAACAGGAAAAUGGAGAGUUCCUUCUUAUAAAGAUUAUUUGGAGUUAUUCAGAAAUCUGUUAGAUUGUGGAAAAAUGAAGGAAUCUGGAUUGAUUUAUGAGACAUUUCAGAUGUUUGAUUCUCCCCUGAAACCUUUAAAUCGGCUGCUGUAUGAUGAAUUUAUUAAAUCAGUGCUCAAAAUUAUUGAGAAGUUGGAUCUGACAGUGGACAAACAAAGCCAGAAUGAUGAAGGGGGUUCAGGUGACAUCAACAGCAGUAUUAUAAUCCCCACAUCAGAUCCAGCAGCAAACCUGCGGCCAACUAAACCAAAAGAUUUUACUGCUCUAUUCAAUUUAGUAGAGUUCUGUGGGGAAAUGUUGGAAAAGCAUACAGACUUCUUUGAACAUUGGGUGUAUAGAUUUGGACAUGAACUCAUUCUACGGUCAACGCAGUUUCCCCUUGUCAGUGGAUUCUACAAGCUCUUGUCAGUUACAAUGAAAAUGGCCCGGAAAAUUAAGUAUUUUGAGGGUGUCAAUCCAAAAACUCGAAAACAAUGUCCCAAGAACCCAGAAAAGUUUGCCUGUUUUGCCCUUUUUGCAAAGUUUGGAAAGGAGGUAGCAAUCAGAAUGAAACAGUAUAAGGAUGAGUUACUGGCUUCCUGCCUGAUAUUUGUGCUCUCUCUACCACAUGACAUAAUUGAACUUGAUAUCAAGACUUUUAUUCCAGCACUGCAGACUGCAUUUAAACUUGGCCUUAGCCACAUCCCGCUUGCUGAUGCUGGAUUGGAUGCUCUUCAGCACUGGUCAACUUGUAUAUCCAGGCAUGCCAUUGAGCCUUAUUACAAAGACAUUUUACCACAUUUGGAUGGAUACCUCAAAACAGCAGCUUCAGAUGAAUUUGAAAGCAACUGGGAAAUGAUGAGCAUUAAUACUUCAAGUAAAGGAGGAAACAAAGUUCUUAUACGCCGCCUGAAAAAUGCAAGGGAUCUUUCUAUAAGUGAAGAGACUCCUGCUGCUGCUGUGAAGCAAAGAGUAGUGCGGUUACUUGGGUCUCUUGGGGGUCAGAUCAAUCGGAGUCUAGUUGCAGCUACAUCUUCAGAGGAAAUGAUGAAGAAGUGUGUUGCAUGGGUGGCAGAGAGGCCAUUGAGUUUUGCUGUGCCAUUUGCAGAUAUGAAGCCUGUUAUUUACUUGGAUUCAUUUUUGCCCCGCGUCACUGAACUUGCACUUUCUGCCAGUGAUCGACAAACAAAGGUUGCAGCUUGUGAACUGCUGCAUAGUGUGGUGGCAUAUAUGCUAGGAAAAGGAUCCCAGAUCUCUGAAGGUCAGCAAGAAACAAUGUACAAGCUGAACAAACAUAUAUAUCCAGUUUUGCUCCGUCUCGGUUGUGAUGUGGAUAGGGUAACCAAUCAGUUGUUUGAACCACUUGUUAUGCAGCUUAUCCAUUGGUUCACUAACAACAGGAAAUUUGAAAGUCGGGAUACAGUGGCACUGCUUGAAGCUAUUCUGGAUGGCAUUGUGGAUCCAGUGGACAGUACUCUGAGGGACUUCUGUGGAAACUGUGUUCGAGAAUUCCUCAAGUGGUCCAUAAAACAGACAACUCCAGAGCAGCAGCAGAAGAGUCCAGUAAAUACAAAAUCCCUCUUUAAGAGAUUGUAUAGCCUUGCUCUUCAUCCCAAUACUUUCAAACGACUUGGGGCAGCCCUUGCCUUUAAUAGCUUAUACAGAGAAUUCAGGGAAGAGAGUGCUUUAGUUGACCAGUUUGUGUUUGAGGUGUUAGUUGUGUAUGUGGAAAGCCUUGCUCUGGCGCAUGCAGAUGAUAAAUCUUUGGGUACAAUUCAGCAGUGCUGUGACAGUAUUAAUCAUUUGAAAAGAAUUAUCAAACAAAAAGCUCCAUGUUUGAAUAAAUCUGUCGAAAGGCGUGUGCCGAGGGGCUUUCCUGCUAACCAGAUGUUAUGUUUGACAGAUGUUGUCAUGUGGUUGCUGGCUCAAUGUGGGCGACCCCAAACAGAAUGUCGGCACAAAUGCAUGGAACUCUUUUAUGAACUUGUUCCCCUUUUGCCAGGAGCCAGAACACCGUCAUUGUGGUUAGAAGAAAUUCUGAAGACAAAUGGUGUUUCAUUCCUGGUUGAUAAAUUUGAGGGAGCUGCCAGUGAUCAUGACAACUGUUCAGGAAUUAUUCGUUAUCCCACCCUCUGUGAUCUGCAAGAGCCUUUUAGUGUCAGAGCUGCACUACAGUGGAUGGAUAUGUUACUGGCAGCUCUAGAUUGUUACAACACCUUCAUAGGGCUGCAUUUGCUCAAGCCAAAUAAACUAAUGGGAACUUACCAGAAAUCCAGCUUCCUGAAAGCCCUGACUUUCUUCUUGACAAAUCUUGCAAUGCAUGACAUCACAGCUGCAGAACAGAGCUUUGCUUAUGGCAUCAAAGGCAUACUUUUUAGCCCAAGAGAGAGAGAAGACUACAAUUACACUAAAUGCACUAUCAUCGUUCGUAUUAUGGAAUUUGUUAGCAUGGUCCUGGAGGAUUGCCAGCUGGAUUUCUUGAAGAUGCUGGAGAAAGAUGUACUAAAUUCCAACCUGUUUGAACUUGUAGCAACAGUAGUGGUUGAUCCGCCGAGUAUUGGAUUUAAUAUGGCAGAUGUACAAGUGAUGAAAAGCCUACCAGAUAUCUCUGUGAGGCUGUUGAAAGCAACUCUAAAAUUGCCUUAUCAAGAAACAUUAGAGUGCAGCAUGAAAAAAAGACUUGCGUCACAGAGCAUUGAAGAUCUGUGUAGAGUUGAUCUAUAUAGUCGGACAGAGCAUGCCAAAUUGAACUCCAUACUGUUAGCCUGCAAACAACUGCACAAGGCUGGACUUCUGAAUUCUGUAUUGAAGUGCCAGACUGGAAGCCUUGGCCCACCACUGAAUUUGAAGCUUUUAUCAACUGUCUAUAAAAGGAUAGCACCUGGAGAUGAGAGGAAAUCACUCCCGACAAUAGAUGUCAGCAGUAAGAUGUUAGCAGAUGGUCUAUUGCAGCUGUCAUUUUCUCUUGGUGGGCAGUGUGAAGAACUGGUCUCGUUGCUGUUGAACACCGUUGAGCUCUCUGUGCCGCUUUCAGGGGCAUCCCAGAGGCACUUCAUCAGCUUUUCUCAUGGUGAAUACUUCUACAAUUUGUUUCCUGAAACCAUUAACAGUGAAUUGCUUAGAAAUCUUAACUCUGCAGUGGCCCAGUUAAUGGCAUCAGCAAGAGAAAACCCUAAAAUGGUGAGCACUGUUCUGAAUGGAAUGCUUGACCAGAGUUUCAGAGACUACGCUGUCAGGAAGAAGCAGGGUAUUUACCUGGUUGGUGCUGUACUUUCAAACUGGGCAAGACUUGAUUCCUGGUGGACAAUGGAAUCUAGCCCUGAGAGUAAGAUGGCUGUCUUAACACUGCUUUCCAAAGUGCUGCAGAUUGAUUCCUCAGUCUCUUUUGGCAAUAGUCAUGAUGCAUUUUCGAUGGUAUUUCAAACAUAUAUCACAAUAUUGACGGACUCAACGUUGGCUUUAAACUUGAAGACCAAGGCAGUCAUCAUAUUACCAUUUUUUACACAACUUCCUGAAGAAAAUCUUAUUGCACUUAAAAAUGCUCUCAACCAUUUCAUAGCUUCCCAUUUUCCUAUGAAAUCAGAUGAAUUUCCUAAGGGUACAUUGAGAUACAACAACUAUGUUGACUGCAUCAAGAAAUUACUUGAUGCUUUGGAGCUAUCUCAAAGUCCACUGUUGUUAAAAAUUCUGACUGAAGUUCUUUGUCGUGACAACAGACAUGUCAUGGAAGAAGCAUUUCAGAUUUGUUUCCAAAAUAUAGCAAAAAGAGGUACCUGUGAAAAGCAAGUAACCCUGCUGGAAGCUGCAUAUGAGAUGUUCAGAAAUGAAGAAAUGCUUUCUAGUGCUACCAGGCAGUUUGUCAUGGACCGUUCUCUUCUCACUCUUAUUACCCACUGCAGUCCAGAUGCUUUAAGAGAGUUUUUUUGCAAAAUUGUAAAGGAUGCCAUGGAAGUUCUGCAAUCUAGAUUCACAAAGAUAAAUGAAUCGUCUUUUGACAAUCAGUUGACAAAAAAAAUAGGCUGUUAUAAGUUGUUUGAAGUCAUGUAUGCACGAUUGCCAAAGAAUGAUGUCUACACAGAUGGAUCAAAGAUAAUCCAGGCGUUCCAUUCCUCGGGUAACAUAGAGGGCAACAAACUUUCAAAGACUUUGUUGAAGUCCUGCUAUGAUGCAGUUACUGAAAACAUGGCUGGUGAGACUCAGCUUUUGGAAAAGAGGAGACAAUACCAUUGUGCUGCUUAUAAUUGCAUGAUUGCAGUCCUCUGUUGUAUUUUCACAGAGGCCAAAUUUUAUCAAGGCUUCCUUUUCAGUGAAAAACCAGAGAAGAAUAUCUUUAUCUUGGAGAAUUUGAUUGAUAGCCAACGUUCAUACAGCUUUCCCGUGGAGAUUGAAGUCCCAGUUGAAAAGAAGAGAAGAUAUUUUGCUAUUCGAAAAGAAGCAAGAGAAUCAGCAGAGGGAGAUUCAGAUGAACCCCAUUAUUUGUCAUCGCAGUCAUACAUGGUGGAUAGCAGCCUUAGUGAGGAAAUGAGUCAGUUUGACUUCUCUACAGGCAUCCAGAAUUUCUCAUAUAGUUCACAAGAUCCCAAAGUGUCUGUGGUUCGUACCAGAAAAAUGGAGUGGACAGAGUCAAAUAUUACACAGAAUGACAUUGUGGAACUCGAGAUGGAUGAUAUGAACCAACACGAAUGUAUGGCAACCAUGACUGCUUUAAUCAAACACAUGCAGAAGACUAACAUCACACCUAAAGUUGAAGAGGGGAAAAUCCCACAUGAGCUUCCACCAUGGAUGAAAUUUCUGCAUGGAAAAUUGGAAAAUUCUGCAACACCAUUAAAUAUCCGACUCUUCAUUGCGAAGCUUAUUGUUAACACUGAAGAGGUUUUCCAGCCAUAUGCCAAGGAAUGGUUGGGGCCCCUACUGCAGCUAGUGGUUUCUGGAAAUAAUGGUGGUGAUGGCAUUCACUACAUGGUUGUGGAAAUUGUCGUUACAGUUCUAUCUUGGACAAGUGUAGGCACCCCAAAGGGAAACCUGAAGAAUGAGAUUCUUACAAAUCGUCUUCUGGAGUUUCUGAUGAAGAAUUGCUUUCAUGAGAAAAGGGUGGUGUUCAGGCAUAAUCUAGAAAUUAUUAAAACAGUAGUUGAAUGCUGGAAGGAUUGUCUAUCCAUCCCGUACAGCCUGAUCUUUGAUCGUUUUGCUGGAAGGGAUCCGAAUACCAAAGACAACUCUGUGGGCAUCCAGUUGCUUGGGAUUGUUCUUGCCAAUAACUUACCUCCAUAUAAUUGCAAAUGUGAAAUUGACAGUGAAAGGUACUUUCAGAGACUGGUGCAUAACAUUACCUUAACGCGUUAUAAAGAGGUCUAUGCAGCAGCUGCAGAGGUCCUUGGGCUUGUCCUGCAAUACUUAGCAGAAAAACCAAUGGAUUUUGCUGUUCAUGAUUUGGUUGUUAAGGAAUUACAGCAACUUCACAACACAAAGGAAGACAAGUUUAUUGUGUGUUUGAGCAAGAUUGCAAAACACUUCCCACCUUUUGCUGACAGGUUUAUGAACGCAGCAUUUUUCCUAUUACCAAAGCUAUAUGGCGUUCUAAAAACACACUGCCUCGAGGUAGUGAUGUAUAGGGCAGAGGAAAUCCCUGACAUCCACCUUCACCUGAAGAGCAAGGAUUUUGUACAGAUCAUGAGUCAUAGGGAUGAAGACCGACAGAGGGUCUGUUUGGACAUUAUAUAUAGGAUUAAAGCCAAAUUAAAGGCAGCAGAACUGAAAGACCUGCUACAUUCAGUGGUGGCUUUCAUUUCUCAUCCAUCUCCUGUUUGUCGAGAGAGAAUGUACGAUAUUCUGAUGUGGAUAUAUGAUAAUUACAGAGAUCCGGAAAGUCAAUCUGAUCCUGACUCCAGAGAAAUAUACACACAAACAAGCGAUACAUUACUUCAGGGAUUGACUGAUGAAAAUCCUGCACUACAAUUGUAUGUUAGAAACUUUUGGAGUCAUGAAAAUAGACUUCCAACAGGCACCCUUGACAGAAUGAUGGCCAGUCUUGGAUCAUUGUACUGCAACAAGAUAGAGACCCAAUACCUCAGUAUAGCCACCAAUGUGCUAUUGGAAAUGACGAGUCGCAGCCCUGACUACAGCCGCGAGAUGUUUGAAUAUCCUCUAUCUGAAUGCAAAUUUCAAGAUUAUUGCGUCGAUUCAAGUUGGCAUCAACGUAGUAGAAUUCUUACUCCUUUGUUUGUGGAAACUCAAGCUCCAGCAGGCAGUAUUAGAAGCCCAUCACAAGAAGCAUCAGCUGCAGAUCAAAGCACAAUAGGUGGCCAGAUUAGAGCCACCCUAACCCAUUAUGAAUUUACACCAACUCAGAGUUCUGGUGCACGGAAUUUUAACUGGUUAACAGGGAGCAGUUUGGAUACUUUUGCAGAAUACUCCCUUCCUUUCUCAGAAUCGGUGUCCUCCUCAUUACUUGUAUAUUCUAAACGGAGUGAGAGGUCACAAAGAGCAGCUGUGAAGCCUGUUGGCCCAGACUUUGGACAAAAAAGACUUGCUAUUCCAGGAGAUAAAGUUGAUGGCAAAGCAAAAGCAAUAGCCGAUCAAAGGGCAGACAUCCUACGCCUGAGGCGAAGGUUCCUCAAAGAUCGACAGAAAGAGAACAUAAUUUUUGCCAGAAGGAGCAUCCAGGAAAAGCAUCUGGCAAAGGAAAUGAAAACUGAACAGCUGAAGAAACGUGAUGCACAGGUCACUCUGUACAGAUGUUAUCGUGUAGGCGAUCUGCCUGAUAUUCAGAUCAAAUUCAGCAGUUUAAUUGCUCCACUGCAGGCUCUAGCUCAGAAAGACCAUUCACUAGCUAAACAACUUUUUAGUGCCCUAUUUUCUGGAAUUCUGGAAGAUGUGAAAAAGUCUAAAACAGCUGCUGAAAUGAGUGGCAUUGUAAAAGAGCUCUCAAAGCACUUUACAUUUUUGCUCAAUACUACAACUUUGUGUUUUCCACCAUUUGUGACCUGUAUUCAGGAUAUGAGUUGUCGGCACCCAGAUCUGUUGAAUCUUGAUCCCUCUAUUGUAAGCUCAACCGCCUUAAUCAGUUUACAACAACCAAUGGGAAUUAUGCUUCUGGAAUUGAGUUUGAUGCGGCUCAGCCUGUCAGAAGAACCUCCAGCAAAAAGACCACGAGGCCGAACCCAGCUGCCCCCUGAUACUGCCCGAUGGGUAGAACUGGCUAAAUUGUACCGAUCACUGGGAGAUUAUGACGUUCUGCGUGGGAUCUUUAGUGAAAAGAUUGGUACAAAGCCCAUCACUCAAAAGGCACUAUUGGCAGAAGCAAAAAGUGAUUAUGCAGAGGCAGUCCGAUUAUAUGAUCAGGCCCUGAAUACUGAAGAAUGGGCUGAUGGAAACCCUACAGAUGCAGAGAAAGAUUUUUGGGAUAUUGCAGCUUUGGAAUGUUAUAGCCACCUGACUGAAUGGAAGUCACUGGAAUACUGUUCCACUGUCAACAUUAGUGACAAAACCCCUGUGGAUUUAGAGGAUAUAUGGACUGAUCCUUUCUAUCUGGAGACUUAUUUGCCACACAUGAUGCGUAGUAAAGUGAAGUUACUACAGUUGGGUGAAAUGGACCAGUCAUUGCUGACGUUCAUUGACAAUGCAAUGAAGGUGGAUCAAAGGAAAACCGUUAUUGAAACCCGCUACAGCCAGGAACUGAGCCUCCUGUAUGUCCUGCAGGAUGACUUUGAUCGUGCCAAGUAUUAUGUCAACAAUAGUAUCCAAAGUUUUAUGCAGAAUUAUUCCAGCAUUGACCCACUGCUCCACAGGAGUCGGCUGACCAAACUGCAAUCUCUUCAAACUCUGACAGAGAUUCAGGAUUUUCUCUGUUUCAUCACCAAAGGAAAUAAUUUAACCUCUGAAGUGCCACUUCGAAAACUAAUAAGAACAUGGACAGGCCGGUAUCCAGAACCAAAGCUGGACCCUAUGAGUGUCUGGGAUGACAUAAUCACAAACCGCUGCUUCUUCCUCGACAAGAUUAAGGAACGAUUGUCACUUCUUCAGGCUGACAACAGUAUGGAGGUGGAUGAUGAUGAAGGCGCUGAUGCACGAAUGGAUAUGGACAAGGAAGAAGAAGAUGUUGCCAUGCUCAUAAGAAGCUGUAAAUUUAAUAUGAAGCUAAAAAUGUUAGAAAGUGCCAGGAAACAGAACAACUUUUCAGUGGCCACCAAGCUGCUGAAAGAACUUCACAAAGAAUCCAACGUUAGAAAUGACUGGAGAGUCAGGUGGAUACAAAGUUACAGCCGCUACAGUCAUAAACGGAGUCGGAGUCUGAAAAGUGCUGACCAGAUAGUAACGGUGAUGAAAACCGUCCCAUUGCUGGGUGAAAUAGAAAUGGAUAAUCUAAAUACACAAAGACAUGCUCUCAGAGACCAGAACACAUUACUUGGUACAACUUACUCCAUUAUGGCUAAUGCUCUGAAUAAAGACCCAUCAUGUCUUCAGUAUAUUGAGGAGGAUCGAGCAAAGAAUGUUACAAAACUUUCUGGAGCUACCAGUAAUGAUACAAUGCAGGUUUCUGUUGGAUUGUAUAGAAAGGCUCAUGAAUAUCUUCAAGGUGCUGUUAAAAAAGCUGAAGAAGAGGUGCAGUCCCUUUCUGAAGAACAUGUUGACACAGUGGGAGUGAUUAAGGCCUACAUGACUUUGGCAAAUUUCUGUGAUAGAUGUCUGCGGGAGGAAGAAGAAAGUGAAAACAUUAAUAAUUUCCCUGAACUGCUGACAUACCCAGCGAGUGUGGUGGAAAAUAUGUUAAAAGCAUUGAAGUAUAAUUCAAGUGAAGCCAGGCUGAGAUUCCCUCGGUUGUUACAGAUUGUGGAAUUAUAUCCGGCGGAAACACAGGAUGUCAUGACGAGAGGGGUGUCUACCAUUCCAUGCUGGCAAUUUAUCAGUUGGAUUAAUCAAAUGAUGGCGGCACUUGACAAAAAAGAAGCUUGUGUUAUACAUCCCAUCAUAGAGAAGAUUGCAGAUUCCUACCCACAGGCUAUUGUGUACCCAUUUAUGAUUAGCAGUGAGAAUUAUACCUUUGAACAAUCUGCAAAUGGCAACAAGAACAAAGAGUUUGUUGAGAGGUUAAAAACUAAACUGGAUAAAGGGAGUGUGGUUGAAAAAUUUAUUCAUUCCUUACAACUGCUCAGUAAUCCAGACUUGCUCUUUAAGGACUGGGCGAAUGAUUUCAAGACUAAACUAGAGAAGAAAGUGAGAAAUAAAAACCUUCUGAAAAAUCUGUAUGAUGAAGUGUACUCAAACUUAGCAUCUUUACAAUCUCCUGGUAUUGGAGCAUUUAGAAGAAGAUAUGCUCAGGUGUUUAAAAAAGCUUUUGAUCAAUAUUAUGGAAAAGAAGGCUCAAGACUACUGGACAUGAACAUAAAAACAUUUGAUGAAGCAACAAAGAAAAUUCAGGAAAUUGUGUGCAAGAAACAGCAAGUACCACCUGGGAACCUGAAAGAGUACUCGCCGUGGAUGAGUGAAUUCAAACCCGAGUAUCUAAGGAAUGAUUUAGAAAUCCCUGGACAGUAUGAUGGUAAAUCGAAGCCAAUGCCAGAAUACCAUGCACAAAUCACUGGAUUUGAUGAACGGAUAAAAGUUAUGAGCUCUAUAAGGAAACCAAAGCGCCUGAUAAUACAUGGGAAUGAUGAGAAAGAAUAUCCAUUCCUUGUGAAGGGUGGUGAAGAUUUACGACAAGAUCAGCGAAUUGAGCAACUAUUUGAUGUCAUGAACAUUAUACUCUCUCGGGAUGCCGCUUGCAGUCAAAGAAAUUUGCAGUUGAAGACGUAUCAAGUCAUACCUAUGACAUCUAGACUUGGUUUGAUAGAAUGGCUGGACAACACAUAUGUAGUCAAGGAUUUACUUUUGAGCAAUAUGACUGAGGAAGAACACAAAAGACAGUCACCCAGAAAACUGUUUGAUGAAUGGCUACAAAGGAUAUCAGGAUCAAAGAAUGAAAUUUUAAUCCAGUAUCGACAAAUGUACAUGAACGCCAGUCGAACUGAAACAGUCAAAGUUUUCAGAGACUGUGAGCGAGCUGUACCAGAAGAUUUGUUAAGGAGAGCAUUUACAAAAAUGAGUACCACUCCAGAAGCUUUCUUAAGUCUUCGCUCCCACUUUGCCAGUUCUCAUGCAUUAAUGUGUGUGAGCCAUUGGAUUCUGGGAAUCGGUGAUCGACAUCUCUCCAAUUUCAUGAUCAACAUGGAAACUGGGGGAAUGGUGGGAAUUGAUUUUGGUCAUGCAUUUGGUUCUGCUACUCAGUUUCUGCUAGUGCCAGAGUUGAUGCCAUUCCGCCUAACCCAGCAGUUCCUGAACCUUAUGCUCCCAAUGAAGGAAUCUGGCCUUAUCUACAGCACAAUGGUGCAUGGAUUGCGAGCUUUCCGCUUGGAUCCUGAUCUCCUUCUCAAUACCAUGGAUGUCUUUGUGAAAGAACCAUCAUUAGAUUGGAAGAACUUUGAACUGAAACAGCUAAAGCAAGAAGGAUCAUGGGUUAAGGAUGUUGACGUAAAUGAAAUAAACUGGUAUCCAAGACAGAAGGUGAACUAUGCCAAACGGAAACUUGAAGGAGCCAACCCAUCUGCCAUCACCAGAGAUGAACUACGGUUGGGGCAUGAAAAAUCAAAAGCUUAUGCUAGCUACGUGGCAGUAGCCACGGGAGACAAGGACCACAAUGUCCGAGCCAGAGAAUCAGAAGAAGGUCUUUCUGUAGAAUGCCAGGUGGAUUGCCUGAUUGAUCAAGCUACAGACCCAAAUAUUCUGGGUAGAGUAUACAUGGGCUGGGAGGCAUGGAUGUGAUGGAAUGCAAUAAACUGUGAUGUGAACUUAGAAGGCGGGAAUUUUUUUUGUGUAAAAGACAAUCUUUAUAUUCAGAUUUUAGUAUAAACAUGUCUGACAAAUGUUUAGAUUUAUUACCUUUGGUUUCUUAUAGAAGUUCUUACUCGUGCCCUUGUCAUCAAAAUAGGCAGUCAGCAUGACCAGAUGGUUUACCAUUGAGAAUAAGAUCUGAGCAAUGACUUAUCUUUGGGUCGGCUUGCCUGUUUCAUACACUGAAGCAAUCAGUAACAACCCUAGAGGAGUUUCUUGCUUACUGAAUAAUUGUCUAGGAUCUAUGGAGACCAUAAGAUAAAUGAAUGUUUGUGAAUAAGGAAAGCAAAUAUUAAGUUGUAUCUUUGAAGCUGCAGUGGCGUACUGAAGAUUUAUUAACUUGCAAGGUCAUUUCAAUAUCAGAAAUGUCAUAUUAGCAUAAAAUACUGAGAGAUUGAUAAUAUAAAUGAUUAGAGUAAUCUAGAGGAAAGCAUUGCUGUAAGUCUGAUUGCUUAAAGGUUGUUGUUUCUUGGUAUAUACUGUAUAAAACUAAAGGAAUACGUAAGUACUUUCAGUAUAAGAUUUUGUAAGACAAAAAUUUAGAAAUUUGCUUUUAGCGCAGCUUUUGUGGCCAAUCAAUACUGUGUAUAACCUUCUACCAGCUACCUUAAAAAUCAAAGAUGCAAUCCAAAUACUAGUUCUUAUCUUGGGUUUUACUUUCUUAAAUUUGUAUGUUAUCAGAGUCUCAAAAAGUGCAUUUAAAAUGAGAACUAAUUGAAUUAGUGAUCUGUCAGCAUCCUCUUGACAUUGAGUUGGCUGCUUACCGGAUUUACAAACUGAUUGAAAUCUCUGUAUGCCUAAUUCCAACUCUUGGCAGAGCAUCCUCAUAUUGUGCAUCAGCUCCACUUAACUGAUCAGUUAAAAAUCUGUUCUUCUGGGAUCAAUAAAGAUCUAAUGAAUUUA